UGAGGCCUUCAAGUGUACGUACCAUCCAUUGGCAUUUCAAUAAGCUUCAACUUAAGGUUUCACUUGUUCUUCAACAGCAACCAUGAGCUCCCCUCAUGCACUCAUACUCCCUUAUCCUGCACAGGGCCAUGUCAUUCCUCUCAUGGAGCUCUCUUACUGCCUCAUCGAACGUGGCUUCCAAAUAACUUUUAUCAACACAGAGUUCAAUCAUGAGCGUAUUUCUGUUGGCUCUAUUCUUGAUGAAGCUAAAUUUAUAGAUGGAAUUCAUUUUGUAACGAUCCCAGAUGGCCUUGAACCUGAAGAGGAUCGCCACAACUUUGGGAGGCUUACAACAUCCUUGACCACAGUGAUGCCAAGUUUUUUAGAAGAAUUGAUGAGAAAUAAAGCUGUGAAGUUCACUUGCUUCAUUGCAGAUAUCAAUAUGGCUUGGGCUAUCACUAUCGCCAAGAACGCAGGGCUUCGGACGGCUGCCAUUUGGCCUGCUGCAGCAGGAGUCCUUGUCACCUUACUUAGUAUCCCCAAGCUUAUUCAAGAUGGAGUCAUCGACGAAAACGGGACACCAAUGAAGAAGGAAGUUAUUCAGUUGAACCCAGGGAUGACUCCCACGGACACAAGCAACCUUCCUUGGUAUUUCCUUCAUGAUGAAUAUACACAAAAGAUAAUGUUCAACUACAUGAUAGCCAAUAACCAAGCAACUUCCUACGCUGAGAUGAUAAUCUGCAAUAGUUUUGAGAUGCUUGAAAAGCCAGUCUUCAAGGAAAUGCCCUACAUUUUACCUGUAGGGCCACUUCAUAAUAGCUUUGAAUCAAUAAGAGAUCCUAAUUUAUGUUACUUUUGGUCUGAGGAUAAGCAAUGCAUUUCUUGGCUCAACAAGCAUCCUGCAAAUUCUGUCAUUUAUGUUGCUUUUGGUAGCAUCACAAUCUUUAAUAACAAGCAAUUCCAAGAGCUAGCACUUGGCUUAGAGCUCAUUGGUCGGCCAUUCUUAUGGGUGGUAAGGCCAGACAUGACCAAUAAAUCCAUUAGUUGCACCUAUCCCUCGGGCUUUGAAGAAAGAGUUGCAGAUCGAGGGAGAAUCGUUGGUUGGUCACCUCAACAAAAGGUUCUAAAGCAUCCUGCAAUUGCUUGUUUCAUAUCACAUUGUGGUUGGAACUCAACCAUAGAAGGAGUGAGAAAUGGAGUACCUUUCCUGUGUUGGCCUUACUUUGUUGACCAAUUGUUUAACCAAAGCUACAUAACAAAGGUUUGGAAGGUAGGUUUGAGUUUGGUUCCUGAUGAAAAUGGGCUAAUUUCUAAAGAGGAAGUUCGAUCAAAAGUGGAAGAGCUACUAAAAGAUAGAGAUAUUCUUGCAAGAUCUCAGGCUUUGAAGAAUUUUUCUAACAUAAGUGUGAUGGAAGGAGGGUCAUCCUUUAAGAAUCUCAAUAAAUUUGCAGAUGUUAUGAGAGAAAUUUAAGCCAAGGAGGUUGAAGACUAGUGUGAAAUGAAUAACUUGAAUGCUUGGAUAUGGACAGAAAGAACGAUAAAUUUAAAGUGAAUUGUUGGUGUUAGUUACUUAUGUAUUUAAUAAUAUUAUGUUAUAAAUUUCUCAUCCUUAAUUAUUAAGUGGAUCAAUUCAUAAUAUAUAACAUUUCACUUCA